AAAAAAAGUUCAUUUGUAUUGAUUUUCUGUCGCUCAGCUCGGUGCCUAGAUUUUCCGAAGAAAAUCAAUUCGUCGUACCAUAUUGAUAUCUUCGGUGCUCAUAGGUAGCAAACGAGAGAUAAAAAUGAGCUCCAUAGCGCAACAAGAAUCUUUUGUUAAGGAGAGUUUAUCUCAGUUCAUCGCGAAAAACAUUCCAUCCGCGAAUAUAAAUGUAAUCGAUGAUAUCGUUCUCGCUUAUGUGAUUUCUAUAUUGGAAGAGGCAUCUCAAGACGCCUGUUUUGAUGUCGAAGGUUUCAUAGAGAUGAUGGCAGCGUUCAUGCCUGACUUUGCAAGCAUUGAUGCUGGGGUGGUGUGCACCUGGGUCCUGGAACUGGAGGCUCAGCUGUCUCAACGGGUGGAGACUGACUCCGCUUCCACCAGCGAUGACUCUGGUGAGAGUGACAAGCUCAGUCUUACGCUGCAGAGCCUCAACGAGAUGUUGCCUUCUAAGAGCAACAGAUCUCACUCCAACUCUGAGAGCUCUGAGAGCACUGAGGGCCGCCGUCCCGUCAUCGACGGCGAGGAGUACGCCGACCAGUGCCGCGUGCUGCACGAGAUGUUCCCCAACACCUGCUCCAUGGAGAUAAAGCACUGCGUGUCUAUCGCUCGUGGGGACGCGGAGCGCGCGGCGGCUACUCUGCUGCACCGUCGCGAGCAGGGCCAGGCGUUGUCCGCCGCCGCGCUGCACGCCGCGCCGCGCUCCCCGCUCUGCGACGACAACGAGCUCAAGUCGCGCAUCAUCGCACGUUACUCUUACGUGGACAAGAACUCCGAUACCAAGGAGCACAAGCCGCUGGCUCCCAAGAUUGAGCCCAAGAAGAUGGUGCGCUAUCGAGACAACAAGAUCGUCUCUCUCAAGGGCGAGCGCUACACUGAGGUACCGAAGUCCGGGAUCGACGAGGAGCAAUUGAAGAAGCCCAAAAAGCAACACUGCCCUUAACCUUUAGAGCCACAUCAGUACGGUGAAAAAGCGGACCCUUUCUCUUUGUCCCAUCUUCAUGUAAUCGUUGUUCCCCAUCCCGCACGCCCCAUGCCCAGUGUAUAUCCUACGAAACUAUGUCUCUCUCUUACUUCAAUGUUCGUCGAUGUAAUAAAAAAAACAUGUAGUGGGCGUAACGACAUAUUUAAACGUAGUGUAACAUGGUCACAAUCGACCGUUAUUAUAACAUACGCUCAAAUUGCGUAUGCGUUUUUAAAUACGUACGUAAACACAAUACGUACACAAUUUUAUGUAGUUAGGAAUAUUCGCUGCGCGUAUCCGAACGCAGUUUCAUUCGCACGUAUAUGUUUUUAUUACGUUUGCGUACGAUUGGUUUAUUUGUUUUUUGAUAUUUUUUACGGGCGUGCGUCCGUACUUUUACCUAUUCGUAGUGUUGUACCGACCAGAGCGCGUGGAUUUUACUUUAUGUUGUUCGCGGCAUUCCUUAUUCCGCUUUUUUUCGGUACUGAUUUUUUUAAUGUAACUAUUAUGUUACACCGGCUGUCUCGACUUAACAGUGUUUUUAGUCAUUAUUGUUUGUAUUUAAUUUGCGUAUUUAUUAUUAAUUUUAAGCUCUCUACAAGGCAGCUGUUCGUCAGUAUUAUUUUGAUUGGCAGAACUAUGGCAUUGCAUACGACCACAGCUUGCGAUGGCUCUGGGGUGCGACUUUGUGUUCAGUAUAAUAGACGUUUAAAAAGAACCAGGGUUUUUGAGGAUGUAUGUGUGUAUGUAAUGCAAGCCAUAGUUUGCAUGGAACUGUAUAAUCUGCCUUUUGAAAUGUGCGACGGAGACAUUUUUUCACUAAAAUAUUGCAUGACAUGUCGUAAUGUCGUAAGCGAAAUAUUUAUUCGAAUGCAACAUUUUAGUGACUACGUCCGCCAUUUUGAAUUCCUUAUAGUUUUAAGUGAAAUGAUCUGUCAGAUACCUGUGAUUUUAAAUUGUUAUUAUUUUAUUAUAAAAAAUGUGAUUCGUACGAUAGUUUUAUUGUUUUUAAAAUCAUCUGUGAUUGUGAUGCCAUUUUAUUAUACCAUAGUUUUCCCUAAAAGUGGAUUUUAUAUUUUAAUUUUAGGUUUUGUAUUAAUAUUAUUGUUAAUAACCAUUAUAAAUAAAUGUUGUUUUGUUUAUAGAGUCAGUUUAAAACGACUGAAUUUUAGCAAUAUAUAGGUUAUUUAAUUUGCAAAGCGUUAGUGGUUUUGUUUUAUUACUGUCUUAUAACAGGUCCUUAUAAUUUUGAUUAUUUUAAAUGUUUGACAAUUUAAAAAUCUAUUUACCGUGAUCAGUUCCGACGUGAUAUUAUAAAACCACUAUCACUUCAUUUUUUAAAUGAAAUAUUCUCGAAUAGACUGAUUCUAAUAGUCAAAAAUCUCAUCCAAUGAGGAAAGAUAACUCAAAUAUAUUAUUUAUCUGUAUUUCUAUUUCGCAGGGAUUCACCACUUUAAUAUUUUACUAUUUUGAGCUUUAAUUUUUAUAAUAAAACAUAUUGUUCUCAUAUACAUUAUAAGAUAUUUCCGACCUAUAUACGAAUUAAAGAAACGUAUCUACUAGACCAUAGAUAAAUGAACAAAUAUUUUGUCUAAUAAGUGGUGAAGUGGCCCUAUGUAUCUAUUUCUUAUAGUUAUAUUUAGUACUAAGCGCAGCUGAGGCUUUUAAUUAAUUUGCAUUUAUCAUCAAAUAACUACGAGUGUUUACUCGUAAUUGUAUAUAAUCAAAUUUGACAGAUAUUCCAUUCGUGAAAGACAUUCACAUUUUUAUAUAAUCACACUUACCGUAGUUAAAAAGUUUCAACGAUCCAUUUUAAUGACUACUUGACUGUAUAUUUGAUAUACUACAAACAAUUAGAAAAAAAAUAUAUUGAAAUAUGAAACAUUAAGCCGUCAAUAAUCUUCAUUUAAAAUUAAAA